UUUCCAAUUGGGAGCCCACCCCUAUAGAAAAAUUGCCCCUUCCAAAUGUUAUUACCCAUUUCUGUACCGUUGGUGGCCGUUGGAGUAGAAGAAAAGAAUAAAGAGAGGAAUUUUGGAGGGAAAAGGAAAGAAGAUCAAAUCUUCUUCUUUACUCAUCAUCAAUCGCUAUGUUAUUAUAAACACAAGAAAUCAUUUAACGGUUUCUCUUUUAUGAAUUUAUUUUAAUUCAAUGAUUGCACUCUUCAAUUUUCAUUUACUCUCCUCCAUAUGGCUUCUACUUCUUGCCAUGGCGAAGUGCACUUUCGGAGAAUCGUCGACAUGUUUGACGGUCUACAGAGAAGGAGGUGCUCCGGCUGUUUUUCAAUCCCCUAAGUGUCCCCGCUGGAAGCUUUCAUCUUCUGAAUCCUAUUACGCUUCUCAAUCAUGGAACACAGAGCCCUGUCAAUUGUCCAUGCUUCAAGGUCGAAGACAUUCUCAGGAAGAUCGAGCUCUCUGCGUUCUCGAUCUACGAAUCCCUUUCCCCGGAAAAUUUGGGCUUAAGGAGGUAACUGUCGGAGUGGUUGCUGUUUUUGAUGGUCAUAAUGGUGCCGAAGCUAGUGAGUUGGCGUCAAAGCUUUUAUUGGAAUACUUCAUCUUACAUACAUACUUUCUUCUCGAUGCAACAUAUUCUGUUGUAUUCAAGAGACCCAUUGGAAGAUUGCUGAAGAGUAAUGAAGAUGAUAAUGUUUUUCGAUUGCUUAAUUGGGAAGAAGUAUUGGGGCACCAUGAGUUGGAUCAUCAAAGGUUUAAGACUUCACUGUCAGAUAAUUUUGUUGAUGCUCCUCACUUGGUAAUUUUGAAGGAGGCAUUGUUGAGAGCAAUCAACGACAUAGAUGCAAUUUUUACCAAGGCAUCAUCUAGAAAGAAUCUGGAGUCUGGUUCAACAGCCACAGUCAUUCUAUUAGCAGAUGGUCAACUUUUAGUUGCUAAUAUUGGAGACUCGAAAGCCUUUCUGUGCUCUGAAAAAUUUCAGUCACCUGCAGAAGCUAAAGCCACUUAUUUAAAGUUAUAUAGGCAAGAAAGACGUAAUGGUGCUAUUUCACAUGUAAGAAAUGGUGUAAACUCUAGGUCCCCUUCCUCCAGUGGAUCAUUGCAUUUUUCUGUGAAAGAAUUAACAAGAGAUCAUCAUCCCAACAGAGAUGAUGAAAGAUUUCGGGUUGAAAAUGCUGGUGGCUAUGUUCUUGAAUGGGGUGGUGUGCCUCGAGUCAAUGGUCAGCUGGCUAUUUCUCGGGCAAUUGGUGAUGUUUCCUUCAAGAGCUAUGGUGUUAUAUCCGCACCAGAAUGGACAGAUUGGCAACCACUGACUACAAAUGAUAGCUAUCUGGUCGCUGCAUCUGAUGGAAUUUUUGAGAAAUUAAGCUUACAAGACGUUUGUGACUUGUUAUGGGAAGUACGAAGUCAUGGCCCCCGUAGAUCAGAGCUAUCUUCUUCAUGUUCCUACUCAUUAGCUGACUGCAUAGUAAACAACGCAUUUGAAAAGGGCAGUAUGGAUAAUGUGGCAGCUGUUGUUGUUCCAUUAGAAAACAAAGAAGGAGACAAAGGUUCCCCUGCAUCAGGGUUACAGAAUUCCAUGUAUGAUUUCUCAGUCAAUGAGAUCAGAUCUGAGAUAGUUCAUGUGAAGCCUGCUCAUCCAGUUAUGACCAAGUUUGAAAGGUUAUUGGUACAAAGGAAACAGGGGUAUAUUGGCUGGUUUUAUUUAGCUGAGAACCUUGCUGAACUCACAGAUUACACAUUGCAAGCCGAAAAGGUUGACAAUGGAAAUUAUGCCGUACCUAAGGCUCUUCCUGGGUCCAUUGACCACAGUUUUAGUGGAUCUGUAAAUCUAUAUCAUGACCAUAAUCUGUGCUUGCAUCAUGGAAUGAAUGCUGAUGGCACCAAAGAUCAGUGUAUAAAUCCAGAAGGUUUUUCAAGUUUCAUUGGUUUUCUUGAAUCAAUUCCUAUUCAUGGUUCUGAUUCGAAAAAUGGAUCUUCUGAAUUUGAAAUUUCUAGUUUGAGCUAUGUUUUAAAGAAGAGGUUUGGUCAAGGAUCAUAUGGUGAGGUAUGGAUGGCUUUUCAUUGGAAUUUUCAUGAGGGCAGCAACUCUUCUGAUUUCAGUGGCAGAGAAAAUAAUGUCUCAUUUAAUUCUAUCCCAUUUGAUUCACAAAGCAAGAAUAGCAGCUCAUCAGGUCACAAUGGUCAAUCUGAUUCUGUUGAAGACAACUUGUUUGUUUUAAAACGUAUAAUGGUAGAGAAAGGGACAGCAGUUUACCUAAGUGGUCUACGUGAGAGACAUUUUGGAGAAGUCUUUUUAAAUGCUUCAAAGUGUCUUGGAGGUUUGCCAACAACUGGAGCUUUAGGCAGUUUCCCGAAAACAUCAUGUUUAGGUGUCUAUGACAUAAUAGAAACAAAUGAAUACAUGGCACAUGAAAUAGGAAACAGUUGGAGCUUCAAAAAUAUGAUUCAAGAUAAGUUUAGCCCACAAAGGGGUUAUUAUGAAGAAGGUUUAAAUCAUAUUGCUAGAUUUGUAGAAUCUUUUGAAUCCCGAACUAAUGAAAUAUGGCUUGUAUUUCAUUAUGAGGGUGUGUCAUUGUCAAAGCUUUUAUAUAGUCUGAAAGAAGUAGAUAAGAAUGGCAAUGAGGAAAAAGCUGAGGAUGGGAAGUAUGCUCAGAUGCUGUAUCCUUCGAAAUGGUGGCAUUGGUUAAAGACAACAGAAGCAGGACAAGAGGAAAUGCGGAGUCUCAUAUGGCAGUUGUUGAUGGCAGUCAAGUCCUGUCAUGAUCGCAACAUCACCCACAGGGAUAUUAAACCUGGGAAUAUGGUGAUAUGCUUCAAAGAUCAAAAAACAGGGAGAUGUCUGAAUGUGAUUCCAAAUGGAGAGGAUAACUUCACUAGUAAAAUGCGCAUAAUUGACUUUGGAAGUGCUAUGGACGAGUUUACACUGAAGCAUUUAUAUGGUUCUUCAGGACCUUCUAAAGCUGAACAAACUAACGAGUAUGCUCCUCCUGAAGCUUUGCUGAAUUCUAGUUGGCACCAGGGACCAAUGACCAAAACUUUGAAGUAUGAUAUGUGGAGCAUUGGUGUUGUGAUCUUAGAGUUGACCUUGGGAUCACCUAAUGUUUUUCAGAUUAGUGAUUAUACACGAGCUCUCUUAGAUCAGCAUCUCCAGGGUUGGAAUGUAGGUUUAAAAGAGCUUGCAUAUAAACUUAGGUCAUUCAUGGAGCUGUGUAUUUUAGUCCCUGGGGCUUUCCCAAAACAUCACAGUACAAUGGACCGAGUUGGAGUAUCACCAGCAUCCUGGAAAUGCUCAGAGGAGUUUUUUUCCUAUCAAAUAAGGAGUAGAGAUCCACUUAAAAUAGGGUUCAAUAAUGUUUGGCUUCUGCGGCUAGUGCGAGAUCUUUUGCUCUGGAAUCCUGAGGAUAGGUUAACCGUCGAUGAAGCUUUGCAGCAUCCUUAUUUCAAAAUUUCUCCUAAAGAAUGAGAUCUUCUCAUCAGACCGCAUAAAGGUAUUAGUUUUGCAUUUUUUUUAAAAAAAUAAUAUAUAAUAAAAAAAUGAAAAAUGGGGUGAGAGAGGCUCGAACUCUCGACCUCAGGAUCACUCUUUAUAGCUAUGAGACCUACGCGCUAGCCAACUGCGCCACCACCCCUUCCUUUGUUGUUUUGGUAACUUAGCAUAGAAAACAUAGCUCGCAACUUUCCAGAAAAGUCAAAAAAAGUGGUUCAGGUCUAUUUUGUACUGAACUUUUUUACCGGUGACAACGUUAACUAUGAUUACAAUUGAAAGAAAAGACCAACUUCUAGGCAAUUAGGCUAUGACAAGGUAUAUUUAUUAAUUAAGUUAAGACCAACUUAAUGGAGCUUGAUUUCCCCAAGUUACUGAAACGUGUUGAGGAAAUAAUUUUUUUCUUUCUUUUCUAAUUCUGCAUUCUCUUUCAAGUGAGUCAGAUUAGUUGAACGCAUUUUAGUUAUGCCAAGUUUAGUUUGAUCCAUUGACGCUAGUUAGUAACAUUCUUGAUGAAUAUACAAGCUCUGGAGGCAUCUUCAUAUGAAUUCAAUAAAGUCACGAUGGAAACAUGGACGCACAAUUAUAAAUAAUGUUACAAAAAUCUUUUACCAAAACUUGGACCCAAUAAAACAGAAUGCCAUAUGACAUGUACCUUGCAUGCACAUGCUUACUGCUAAUAUACAGGUGAUACAUUUUUUUUGGUCCUUUUUCUUCUUUGUAGCCCACAAUUCAGGGCUCGUGGCUGUUUACACGACUCUGAAGUUCCAGCAUUUCUUGAUGGCUUGGGUCCACUGAGAGGGCAGCUCGACAGUCUCGUAAAGCACCCAACACAUCCCCAAUAUGUUCAUGGAAUGCGGCUCUUAGGUGUAGAAGAUGAACAUCUGCUUUGAAUGCAAUUGCCCUCGACAAUUCAGCAAUGGCCUCCUGUUCUUUGUGGCUAUCCAUUAACACUGUUGCAAUCAUGAAGGUAGAUCAAACUCAUUACCAGCUGAAAUAUGGCUUCUUUUUUUUUCUUUUUUGUGAAAUGUAUACACUAAGGCGGACACUUAAAACAGCUUUUGGCAGUGUUAUUUGUAUUACAGAGUCACCAAGUAGUUUCAAU